AUGUCAUUUUUAAUUGUUGCAUUUUCACUUGACUUAGCAACAAUUAUCUCUUCAUCAUUAGAUUUAAAUGCAACAUACAAUUCUAUUAAAUUAAUUUUAUUACUUGUUGGUUUAACUGGAAUUUUUUCAGGUAUUUUAAUUUGUGCUGUUAAAAUAGAACGGGAUUAUUCUCAAUUAAUAUGUGUUAUUGGUAUUGUCAUAGCUUGUCAAGUUGCUUUACUUAAUUUAUUUUUAUAUCCUUGUUUUUUCGAGAAGAAAACUAAAGUGGUAGUAACAGAAGCAGUAGCUAAGUAA